GGGUUAGGCAAUUCUCAAAAGGGACCCAUCAACUCCGGGAAGUUUGGGAAUGGCCAUUUCUGAGGCGGUGGAAAUUGCAUCUAACAAUGCAGAUACUAAGUACUGUUUGGGUAGUGUCCUAAAUCAUGUCCUUUUACACCAGACAAUCAUCGGUGAGGAGUGUAUAAAGCAAAUGGAGAGUUUGGGGGAGACUUCGGAUUUGAUCGUGGGUUGUACGGGCGAUGGGUCCAAUUUUGCGGGCCUUGCCUUCCCGUUUCUCCGGGAGAAGCUUAAAGGGAAACUUGACCCUGUUUUUAGGGCAGUUGAACCUUCAACAUGCCCUUCGUUGACUAAAGGUUUAUAUGCGUAUGACUAUGGUGAUAUAGCAGGGUUGACUCCCUUGAUGAAGAUGCAUACUUUGGGACACAACUUUGUACCUGACCCUAUCCAUGCAGGGUACUCAUAUGACAUAGUGACAUACAUAGUACAUAUGAUAUACAGGAGGAUUGCGAUACCAUGGGAUAUGAUGGCUCCGUUGAUAUCACACAUCUAUGAAUUGGGUUUCAUGGAAGCAAUUGCAAUUCCUCAAACAGAAUGCUUUAAAG